CUCGGUCACAAUAUUUUUCCAAUCCUUUGUUUUCUUCUUAACAACUGAAAAUGAAACAUAUAACAUGGGUGACACUUAACCUAGUAAUAAUAGUGAUGUUCUUGUUCCAGGCUGUGGUCACAUGCAAUGCACGUGCUAUGGGGAGUACUCAGAAGCUUAGGGUUCUUGCAGCCAAGUACAAUGUUACAUCCAUUCUGGUUUUCGGUGAUUCAAGUGUCGAUCCUGGUAACAACAACAAUCUUCCAAACACAUGGCAUAAAGGCAACUUCCUGCCUUACGGGAAAGAUUUUAGUCAUUCCCUUCCAACGGGAAGGUUCACCAAUGGCAGACUAUGCACUGAUUUCAUUGCUGAGGCUUUAGGUUACAGAAACAUAAUCAAAGCGUAUUUGGAUCGAAACCUGAUGGAAGUAGACCUGUUGCAUGGUGUUAGUUUUGCAUCAGGUGGUUCUGGUUAUGAUGAUUUCACUGCAAAGGUCACUAAUGUUAUAUCUCUUCGAAAGCAAUUGGAGUACUUUAAGGAGUAUAAGAUUCGUUUAGGGAAGCUUGUUGGAGAAGAAACUUGUCAUAGGAUUGUGGGUAAUGCUGUGUUCAUUUUGAGCACAGGUACAAAUGACUUUUUACAAAAUUACUACAUUGAUCCUACUCGAUCCCAUAGGUUUACCAUCGCGCAAUACCAACGUUUCUUGAUCAAUUGCAUGGAAACUUCAAUAAAGGAAAUGCAUUUAUUAGGAGUAAGGAGAUUGGCGGUUGUUGGGAUGGAGCCAUUUGGAUGUAUGCCUAUGAUAAAGACAUUAAAGAAUAGUGUUAAAUGCGAUGAAAAUAUGAACCAAGUGGCUCUCUCUUUCAACUUUUUGUUGAAAGCAAAGUUGUCAUCACUCGAAGCAACAUUACGGAUGAGAAGUGUCUUCGUUGACAUUUAUGGUGUCAUUCAAAACACCUUACAAAACCCAUUAAAAUAUGGUUUUACUGAAACUGAAAAAGGUUGUUGUGGAGAUGGAUUAACAGAGUUCGGGACAAGUUUAAAGGGGCUGAAUACAUGUACGAAUCAUUCGAAAUACAUUUAUUGGGAUGCCGUUCAUUUUACAGAAAACAUGUAUUACAUCAUCGCAGACGAGGCUGUAAAAUCUAUAAUCGCAAGUCUUUAAUUAGCACCGUAUAUGUUCAUAUGUCACUGUUACGCGUUUACGUCAUUGGACACGAGGAAAGAACAUGAUUUCCAAGAUCAUUGCUACAUCAUUUUCAAUUCGGUUUUAGUACUUUAUUAAUGUAGUACCACAUGUUAAUUAUCUAAGUUCCAUUAUGUUCUCUUUCAUUCAUUGUUAAAUAAGUUUUCUUGUAUCUUAUAAGUGGACACUAAGCCCUAGCAAAUG